AUGGCGCUCCUUCAGAUGAAGGCGCCUGUUGACUACGAGGUGCAGUUGACCGCGUUCGAGCACUUCCUGUCCGACUUCAAGACCUCUCCGCAAGAGACCAUCACCCAUGCCUUGGGCAAUAUUACCAUCGAUGAGGAUGAUCUCAGUGACGAGUACGACUUUAUGGACGAGGAUGACAAUGCUCAGCAGCAACGUCGCCGCGAGAAGCCCCAGAAACAAGUACCCCGACACAAGUACAAGGAAAUGCUUCAGGAUCUGGCCGACAGGAACAUCAGUGAGGUAGUGGUCGACCUGGAUGACCUCGCCUCGUACGAGAAGGAUCUGAACGAGGGGCUCAAGCUUGUGGAGUGGGUCGAGCAAAAUACCCGACACUAUGUUGAGCUCCUCUCAAGGGCCGUCGACAAGCUGAUGCCCCAACCGAACGAAAAUGUCACCUUCAAGGACGACGUGCUCGACGUCCUUAUGACAAACCGGACACAGCGCAACCAGAUGCUGGAGGGUAUUGCCGACAGGGAAUCAGACCCAACCAUCCUCAACGACCAGUACCCGUCGCAGCUCACCCGGCGAUACACCCUCGUCUUCAAGCCGAGGACGUCGACUCCCGACAACCCGGUCAAGGCGCUAUCGGUCCGCCAGGUCCGCGGCGAUCACCUAGGCCGUCUCAUCACCAUUCGCGGUAUCGCAACAAGGGUAUCCGACGUCAAGCCCAUCGUCCAAGUCAGCGCCUACACUUGUGACCGCUGCGGCUGUGAAAUCUUCCAGCCUGUCACCGACAAGCAGUACGGCCCCCUCACGCUCUGCCCGUCCAAAGACUGCCAGGAGAACCAGGCCAAGGGGCAGCUGUACCCGUCGUCGAGGGCAUCCAAGUUCUUGCCUUUCCAGGAGGUCAAGAUUCAGGAGUUGGCAGAGCAGGUACCCAUUGGUCAAAUUCCCAGGACCCUGACUGUCCUGUGCUAUGGUAGCUUGGUCAGGCAGAUCAGCCCCGGUGAUGUAGUCGACGUUGGCGGCAUCUUCCUCCCCACCCCUUACACCGGCUUCCAGGCGAUGCGUGCUGGCCUGUUGACCGACACCUACAUCGAAGCGCACCACGUUGUCCAGCAUAAGAAGGCAUACGAGGAUAUGGAGAUCGACCCCAUGAUGGCGCGGAGGAUUGCCAAGUUUACGCAGUCAGGGAACCAGUACGAGUACCUCGCCAAGUCGAUUGCCCCCGAAAUUUUCGGUCACCUAGACGUCAAGAAGGCGCUCCUACUACUGCUUGUCGGUGGUGUCACCAAGGAAGUCGGUGACGGCAUGCGUAUCCGUGGCGACAUCAACAUCUGCCUGAUGGGCGACCCCGGUGUGGCCAAAUCCCAGCUGCUUAAGUACAUCUCCAAGGUCGCCCCGCGCGGUGUGUACACUUCGGGUCGCGGCAGCAGUGGCGUGGGUCUGACCGCCGCCGUAAUGCGCGACCCAGUCACGGACGAGAUGGUGCUCGAAGGCGGAGCACUGGUCCUAGCCGACAAUGGAAUCUGCUGUAUCGAUGAGUUUGACAAGAUGGACGACAACGACCGUACUGCCAUCCACGAAGUCAUGGAACAACAGACCAUCUCUAUCUCCAAAGCCGGCAUCAGCACCUCCCUCAACGCGCGCACCUCCAUCCUAGCCGCAGCUAACCCGCUCUACGGGCGCUACAACACGCGCCUGUCCGCCGUGGAGAACAUCAACCUCCCCGCGGCGCUCCUCUCCCGUUUCGACGUCAUGUUCCUCCUCCUCGACACACCCACCCGGGAAACCGACGCGCAGCUAGCCAAGCACGUCGCGCACGUGCACAUGCACAGCCGGCACCCCGAUCUGGGCACCGCCGACGGCGUGGUGUUCUCGCCGCAGGAAGUCCGGGCUUACGUCGCGCAGGCGCGCACGUACCGGCCGGUAGUGCCGCAGGCUGUGUCCGAGUACAUGGUCAAGACGUACGUGCAUCUGCGCGGCAGCCAGCGGCGGGCCGAGAAGCGCGCGCAGGCCAACAACUUCGGCAACACCACGCCCCGUACCCUGCUCGGCGUGGUGCGCCUCGCCCAAGCCCUCGCCCGGCUCGCCUUCCGCAACGUCGUCACCCAGGACGACGUCGACGAGGCCCUGCGCCUGAUCGAGGCCUCCAAGGAGAGCCUGGCCGGCGAGGACCAGUCGCGCGGCCGCCGCGGCAUGAACGCCAGCAGCAAGAUCUACAACCUGGUCAAGGGGCUGGCGGAUGGCGGCGCGUGCCGGCCGGAUGAUGUGGACGAGGACGAGGACGAGGAAGGCUAUGGCGUCGAGAUGAGCCUGCGCAAGGUCAAGGAGCGCGUCAUUGCCAAGGGCUUCACCGAGAACCAGUGGCUGGCCGCGUUGGAGGAGUAUACCGACUUGGAUGUCUGGCAAACGGCUAGCAACGGCACGAGGCUCGUGUUUGUUACGUCUGGUAAUGCUGAGCGGGAGGGAAGCCAGGAGUUGUGA